UAUACUCCGCAGCCGUCAGUAUACUUUCGACCGAGACACAGAACAUUUGCAGAAUUGAAACAGCUCCUUCAGCCGAUUCUGACCUGGGAUUACUGAAACCUUGCUUGCUGGCUUAUUACCGAGGAAAGAAAAAAAAAGCCGCCUGCAACCGAAUAGGUCCUUACUCCGGAGUAAGUGCGUACGGUGGAAUACGCUUCUGUGUUCCCCCGGAGAUACCGUGGAGUGAGGUUGCUAAUAUAGCACCAGUGACAAGCGACCGCAGAUACAGGCAUCGGAAAAGUUGUCGCUAUUUUCGGUAGGCGAGAAUUGCGUCUCCUUCCGAUUGCGAAAGUGAGUUACUGAACCCGCAGUGGGAAAAUUUUGAUUUUCUAGGAAAAAUACUAGCCCCGUGUGACAGUGCAUGAAUUGUGAGGGCUUGUGAAGAAGGCCUAUAAAGAUUUAAAGUGCUGUUUUGGUGAAAACUAUAUAUCAUUGUGAGAAAUAUCGAAGACUAGACCCAACGACACAGUACUGUUUGGCAACUAAGCUGCUCAAUUUACCGAUCUAUUUUCAUCAGAGAAAAAGUUUCGAACUAAUCCCGGCCAAAAUGAAAGCACCCGCACUGUGGGCGGCAAUCGGAGCGAUACUGAUCUUCACCGGAUCCGCGAGCGCAUGGGGUGGUUUAUUCAACAGAUUUUCACCGGAAAUGCUAGCAAACAUGGGCUACGGAAGCCACGGGGGAGCUUAUCGACCGCAAACAUUCCUGCAGAAUGAAAUUCUAGACGAAGAGCAACAAAACCAGCGCGUCGAGGAGGAUGUCUGCUAUGGAAAGCCGUGCUACUCCAAUGAAAACUGCUGCCCCGGGCUGGUGUGUGUGAACGUUGAUGGAGUCAUUGGCCACUGCGUGUUUCCGCUAGGGCGUAAGUACGGUGAAUUGUGCCGCCGGGAUUCGGACUGCGAAUCGGGCCUAGUCUGCGAUAUCUCGACACUGAGUGGGGCCAGCGUGUGCCGCCCGCCGAUCGUGCUGGCCAAGCAGUACGCCGAGGAUUGCAUCACCUCCAGCGAUUGUGAUAUUUCCCGAGGACUCUGCUGUCAGGUGCAAAGAAGACAUCGACAAGUGCCACGUAAGGUUUGCGCUUACUUCAAGGACCCUCUGCUUUGCAUUGGAACUGUUGCUGCUGAUCAGGUAAAGCAUGAAAUUGAACACACUGCAGGGGAGAAACGAAUCAUUUACAGCAAACACUAAGUCGUUGAAUAAUUGCAAUCCUGCAGAGUAGAAAUAAUGAGCUACCCAGCCUACUGAAAGCAGACAGCAUCUAGUUACCUAUGACAUAACCAAAAACAAGUUACCCAUGUACAGAAGGUUUUCGUUUUGUUCUGUUUCUGUUACUAGCCAGUAUUCUCAUUGCGAAAUCUGAUAGUCCAUCUGAUAGAAGCAAGUUGUGCACAUUAUGGCAAAAGUAUGAAAUUGAAGGCUCCUAAAUUAAAAAUUAAUUCAAAUACAAACAAAGUGGCACGUUAAACUACAUAUACACUGCAUGAAACGAUUGAACAAAAUCUGGUUAAACGCAAAACAACACAAACAAAAAGCAUGUAUUUACUACCAAACAAACUUUGAGAAAGUUUUCACACGGUGUGGUAAACUAGUUAAGAGAGUAUAUAUAUAUGGUAAUGAUAAAUAACAACAGGAAACGUACACAUCAAUGAACUAAUACAUAUCAAUCAAUGUCCUUAUUGUCCUUAAAGUUAGUAUUUAAAAAAAUCUUUGUUAAUCAAAAAAUGUAGCCAGAGCGGACGAAAUAAGCUAAGGAUAUGAGGAUACUAUAUAUAAGAUUUUUUCGAUAGAUCCUUCCACCUUUGAAAGUUAUCGUAAGUUGCCAUGUUACCACCAAACAAAUCCAAAAUUAUACAAAGCUUCCUAAUCAUUAAUCUUGGUGCCCUUUCUACUGUUGUGCUAGAAUCGGAAUCACGGCGUUGAUAUAUACGUUCAGAGUGAGGAUUUCUUUCGACCAUCAUUUCCGAGCUCUAUCGCAGACAAAGAGCAAAUGUUUUCGCUGUUGGUGGGUUGUUGUUCAUUCAACGUUUGCCUACUUUCGACACCAACGCAUUUUUUUGUAGGAAAUUCCCAUAGUUGAUCCUGUUAUGAUUAUGUGAUUCCUGGAAAAGUCGGUAGAGAACUUUUUCAUCUUACCCGUACACGGCAAAUGAUAUAGUUUUUUUUUGGAUCCCGACAGACGACGCUCGCUUUUCCUCGUCUUGGAAAUAUUCACAUCUCUGGGUCAAUAGCCGAUAACGAUGUCUAAUGAUGGCCCUUUGGAAUGCUGUGAGCUCUAAAUGACGUGGCACUUUAUUAAUCAAUUGGCCCGCCUCCAACGCCUAUGUUACGUAACGUUAUUGACCGUUUAUUACUGCGUAUCAUUUGCUCUAUCGCUCUGCGGGAACUGGAUAGGAUGUACUGCAGCAGUACCUAUCAAACAAAUCCCCUUUCAUAUAGAUAUUGUCUUCACUUUCUUCUAUUUGUUUUUACUAUCUCUAACAAGCAACCAGUGAGAAAUACUAUCGAUUCUGCGUCAAAAAAUGGUACGCAUGUUCGUCCGCAGCAUAAUUAUUACAUGGAAAAUGUAAUGAUGAAGAGUCACUGAUAUUAUACUGAUAUAAUCGGUUCUUAUGCAAUGAUACAUAUCGUUAUAUUUAAAACAAUAUAAACAGAAAGAAUGACCUUAGGUUUAUAUGCAUUAUCCAAUAAGUAUAGGUUUUAAACAAAUGAAAAAAUACUGAACAAAUGAUAUCAUACUGGCUGAGGCAUUUACUUAUCGCAUGUUUAGCAUUACCUAAAAUAUAAACAACUGAAAUAGUGGAUCUAAUGUAAUGCAUGAUAUCAAACAAAAGCAGGAUAGCAAAAUGCCCUGAAGAAGUUAUGGUUAAAUAAUUCAGCACACUUAUCAGCAUCCAACCUAAAGUCAUAUAUUAUCUUCACUUUUUACUAUUAUUUUGACGUUUUUGUAAUUAAUCAAAAUAAAAUAUUGACUGAAGCCAUAACGUUUCCGACGGAACAACGUUGCACAGCGGAUACCGCAGAAGAAAAACAAUCAACUAACAUGAAUAACUGACACAAACCAACAUACAAAGAAAAGUUACUGGGAAAAGUAACAAAUAUUUCCAUUCGACAAAAUCAAAAUACACAAUUAAAUAAAAAAGGGUUUGUCUACUUCAGAACAAAUAGCAUUUUUCCCAGAAAAAUCAAACACCUUUAAUUGUCUGGGAAGAACUAUCGUGCACUAUACACCACAGCAUCCAAAAUAUUGUCAAAAAUCGUCCUACAUUCUGGAGAAGCAGUCACGCAAUAAAGCACCGAGUCCAUCAAACUUUCUAGAAUGUUGGCCGUCACCUGACAAGCAAAGUAAUGGGGCUGUAGAAAACGACCGAGACUAAAUCAAACGAAAAUGAAAACGAGAAAAAAACAAGCUUUGUUGGCCUAAUCUUAGGUUACAAUCGAGCAAAUUUUACGUUUAAAACUAGUGGUAAAACAUGCAAGCAAACACAUAUCAAAUCUCUCGAAAUGGUGCCACAGACAUGAGCCAAGCUGUCCCACAUAAACAAAUCUUUUUUCAAAUUCAAACAAAUUUCUGGCAAACUUGCUAACCAGUGAUUGUUAAGUGCAAACUUCAACUAUGGAUGUCUCAUAUCACAACACAAACAAUGUGUCAUUGCCUAUACUUUCUCAUGAUUAUUAUAAAUGUACUUGCCAUGUAAUGGACAUUUAUUCACUACAGACACACUCACGCGUUGCACACUUUUACUAUACAGACACGAGCAGGAAACAAUACCACACUCUCUAAUGUACAAAAGACAACAAAAGCAGAAAUUAUAUGUGUACAUCUUUCAAAACUCA